AAAAACAAAUUCCCAACUUUUCGUUUUUCAGAUUAAUUUCCGAAAUCUAACUUUAAAUUAGUGGGGAUUUUCCGAAAUGUAAUUCUAAAUUAUGGGGGAUUUGUUUUUAAUGUUUUGGAGGAUUUUAAGUGGGGCCCGCAGAAACCUGAAGCCUAUAUAUGGUAUUGUGAUGAUGGAGGUGAGAUAUACAGCUACUCUGCUUACCCUUUCUUGCUUACAACUCACGUUAUUUCCGCUCUCUCACUCCCCCUAUAUAAACACACACCUUCUUCUUCCCCUUCCCUUCACCUCCGUCAUGAAAAACUCCGGUGCGCCGAGUAACUAAUCCGGACGACUUCGUUCUGAUAUACGCACCCCAAUUCGAUCAUUAAAUAUGGGUGAGGAUAACGGAAGGGUUUUUAGUUUAGUGGUGAGGGAGUUCGACCCGAGCAAGGACUGCGAAAUGGUACAAAACGUCGAGAGGCGGUGCGAGGUCGGUCCCAGCGGCGGACUCUCCAUAUUUACCGACCUCCUCGGCGACCCGAUUUGCAGGGUCCGCCACUCUCCUGCCUAUCUCAUGCUGGUGGCAGAGCUGGUGGGGGAGGACAAAGACAAGGAGAUAGUGGGGAUGAUAAGAGGUUGCAUCAAAACCGUUGCAUGCGGCAAGAAACUCUCUAGAAAUGGUAAAAACGUUACCGCUGAUGAUGUCACUCUCAAGCCCCUCCCUGUUUACACCAAACUCGCCUACAUCUUGGGCCUCCGUGUCUCUCCUUUUCACAGGAGGAUGGGAAUAGGGUUAAAGCUAGUGCAGAGAGUGGAGGAGUGGUUUCGAGAAAAUGGGGCGGAGUAUUCGUACAUGGCCACCGAGAACGACAACCAAGCCUCCGUCAACCUCUUCGUCGACAAAUGCGGCUACGCCAAGUUCCGUACGCCCACCAUCCUCGUCAACCCGGUCUACGCCCACAGGGUCAAGCUCUCCUCCCGCGUCACCGUCAUCCACCUGUCCCCCUCCGACUCUGAGGCACUCUACCGCCGCCGGUUCUCCACUACAGAGUUCUUCCCCCGCGACAUUGACUCCGUCCUCAGCAACCGCCUCAGCCUCGGCACUUUCCUAGCCGUGCCGCGUGGAAGCGUGACGGCGGAGACGUGGCCCGGCGCGGAUCACUUUUUGGCUGACCCGCCCGAGUCCUGGGCCGUCCUCAGCGUAUGGAACUCAAAGGACGUUUUCACGUUGGAGGUCAAAGGCGUGUCGCUCGUGAAACGCAUGCUCGCGAAGACGACGAGGUUGGUGGAUCGGGCCCUUCCGUGGAUGCAGCUGCCGUCGGUGCCGGACAUUUUCAGGCCGUUCGGGGUCCACUUCUUGUACGGGCUCGGAGGGGAGGGCCCACUCGCGGCGAAGUUCGUGAAGGCGCUGUGCGGCCACGCGCACAACUUGGCGAAAGAGCGCGGGUGCGGGGUUGUGGCGACGGAGGUGUCGAGCCGGGAGCCGCUUAGGUUAGGAAUCCCGCACUGGAAGAGUCUGUCGUGCGCCGAGGAUUUGUGGUGCAUCAAGCGGCUAGGGGAAGACUACGGUGACGGCUCUGUCGGUGACUGGACUAAGUCGCCACCCGGCAUGUCUAUUUUUGUCGACCCCAGAGAAAUAUAAUUCCGUAAAGAAUCCAAAUUAGUUUCCAACUUUUAUCCUUUUAUUUUUUUUUUCAAUUUUAUUUUGGGUUUUAAAUUUUGGGGUUGCCAUUGUAACAUCCCUGUGGCCCUAGGUCGGUAGACUAAGCAAAUGUUGGGGGUGGGAAUAGAAGAGAUGAAGGAAGAGGAAAGGAUACGGGGUUUUUUUGAGUUGUAAAAUGGAAUAUGCAAUCCCCUCAACUUUGUAUUUUCC